GACGUGAAUUUUGCCCAAGAGGAAUGCGGCAUAUUGGGCCACCAAGCGCCUCCUGCCGGAAUAACGCCUCCUGAACAAUCUCGAGCUGGAAACAUUUGCUGUUCAACGAUGGUAUGGAAAAGAGGAGGAGGAGGAGGAGUGGAUGAAAGGAGGAGGAGUGGAGGAGAGCAAAAAACCAAAACACUCGCGCUGUACGCCAUGUUGUGUUCAGGAAAACAUGAGAGAAUAUAUAGACACAUCUGAGGGUUUUUUCCAGCUCAUAUAGAAGAUUUAACGAGAUAGAAACGGAGCUGAUAUGAUCUGAACUGCGAUCAGCUGAUCUACUGAUCCGGGAUCAUCCGGACGAAAAACGCGUUUCAGAGGAGCAUUAGGAUUUUACGGGGGAAUAUAGUUUAUCCGACACUAUGAUAUAGCCUACACUAUUUUUAUUUGAUGUAGAUGUUCCUGUUUUUUGGAUCCUAAUAUAAACCCUUGAACUGGAUUUAUAUUUGUGUGUUCUGGAAUGAAGAUCAUGACUAUGAUUAUAUAAAUCUAAAUUUAUUCUAAUCAUUUAAAAGAAGCAGAAGAUCAUCUCGGGAUGUUUUUGAACUUGAACGAAUCAUGGAUGGGAAUUUUCGCCAUGCAUGUGGCAAUAAACUCAAAAUGAGCGCUGUUUCUGUAUGUGAUGAGAGUGAUCAAUUUACUGAUCAAUAAGUUUCAGGACAUGUUUCUAGUGUGUAGUGGACAAGCUGCUGUCUCAGGCCACCACACUUUGAUUUAUAAUACAGUAUGGUUGUAUUAAUGUUUGAUAUUUCAUCUAUGCAAACACAAACACGCGCACUGACCUCCAGGCUGAGGAUUUGUCAAAUCUCUCAAACACUAAACCUCUCUUACAGACUUACACAUUGAUCCGGACCUGUUUGCUCACAAAUAAAUGCUUUUGGCAAUAUUAAAACAUUAAUUUUAGAGGGAGCGGAUUAUCAGCUUGGGAUUUAUUACAGUACAAGAAUCUGCACUGAAAAUGAGGACAGGCACCAAACUGGCCUUGGCCAUAUUCCUCGUCUCCUGUUCAUCAGGUGCAAUACUCGGGCGCUCGGAGACGCAGGAGUGUGCGUUUUAUAACGCCAGCUGGGAAAAGGAGGGGACGAACCAGAGCGGAAUUGAGUCAUGUUAUGGAGAAAAGGACAAACGACGACACUGUUUCUCCACCUGGAAGAACCGCUCAGGAACCAUCGAGAUGGUCAAGCAGGGCUGCUGGCUCGAUGACGUCAACUGCUACGACAGCGAGUGUGUGGAGCGUAAGGAGAAUCCUGACGUCUUCUUCUGCUGCUGUGAGGGGAACAUGUGCAACGACAAGUUUCACUACAGUCCAGAGACGCUUCCGACAACGUCUAAUCCCAUCAGCCCAAAGCCAGACUUGUUUCCCACAUUGCUCUACUCUCUGAUUCCUGUCAUGGCUGUUGCUGUCAUUCUCUUCAUCUCUUUCUGGAUGUACCGGCAUCUCAAGCUGACGUACCCACCGCUGCUCGUGCCGUCACAGCGCGCCUUUCAUAUCAUGAUAGAGGAUCCUGGACUGACGCCUCCGUCGCCGUUGCUGGGUCAGAAGCCACUGCAGCUGCUGGAGGUGAAGGCUCGUGGACGCUUCGGCUGCGUCUGGAAGGCUCAGCUGCUCAAUGAACCCGUGGCGGUGAAAAUCUUCCCUGUCCAGAAUAAGCAGUCAUGGCAGAAUGAAUAUGAGAUUUAUAGUGUGAGUGGAAUGAAGCAUGAAAACAUCCUUCACUUCAUCGGAGCAGAAAAAAGAGGAAGCGGAGUGGAUAUAGAGCUCUGGCUCAUCACAGCGUACCAUGAAAAGGGCUCGCUGACGGACUUCCUGAAGGCUAAUGUUGUGUCCUGGAACGAGCUGUGUCUGAUAGCGCAGACGUUUGUGCGUGGCUUGGCGUAUUUACAUGAGGACAUUCCCAACCUGAAGGAUGGACACAAGCCUGCCAUCGCACACAGAGAUAUCAAAAGUAAGAAUGUGUUAUUGAAGAGUGAUUUAACCGCCUGUAUUGCCGACUUUGGCCUGGCGCUGAAGUUUGAGGCAGGGAAAUCUACAGGUGACACACACGGACAGGUGGGAACGCGGCGCUACAUGGCUCCAGAGGUGUUGGAAGGGGCGAUCAGUUUCCAGCGUGAUGCUUUUCUCAGAAUCGACAUGUACGCGGUGGGUCUGGUGCUGUGGGAACUGGCCAUGCGAUGUACAGCAGCUGACGGUCCCGUGGAUGAGUUCUCUCUGCCGUUUGAGGAGGAGGCAGGUCUUCAUCCGUCUCUGGAGGACAUGCAGGAUGUCGUUGUGCAUAAGAAACUACGACCGAUAUUCAGAGAACACUGGCUAAAACAUACGGGUCUGGCGAUACUCUGUGAGACCAUAGAGGAGUGUUGGGAUCAUGAGGCCGAGGCGCGUCUAUCUGCAGGAUGCGUGGAGGAACGCAUCAUCUCAAUGCAACGUAACACCAACCUCAUCGCCCCCGAUGACAUCCUCUCUGUCGUCACCAUGGUUACCAACCUGGAUUUCCCCCCUAAAGAAUCCAGCCUAUGAUGCUGUUCUCUCAGCCAAUCGUAACGCAGCCUGUGAAAGACGUGUGGGAGAGAAAGCUGACUACAGUUGACUUGUGACAUACAAAACAAGUGGAGAGACUCAAGAAGGAACUCAAGACCCAAGGAGAUAAAACACACAAACAUCUAUGUUUGCACCAAAAUGUCUUUUAUGCAUAAAGGAAAGACUUUUACUGUUUUAUAAGAACAGCAACUCAUGUGAUUUUAGUAUAAAAAGGGCAAAACUCUGGACUGCGCUUGCUGUUCGUUUCUGCAGAUCAUUACAGUCAUGCCAAUGCGAGACACUUCUGAAUGUCUGCCGUUCAGCCGUGAAUCACACACAUGGAUUUUUGGUGAAUUAGUGCUGAAAUAACCAUAAACCUCCCUAAACAGGAAUACCUCAUUUUGAUUUAUUGUGCUUUUAUCUGAGCAGCUGCUACGAAGGCGAGACGAGUAGCUGUAACACACGGUAGUGUUUCUGCCUUUCACAUCUCUGCUUCACUGUCAUCGCAGCCUUCACAAAACUCUUUCUGAAGGGGUCGUAUCAUGAGGAAUCGAUGCUCGCGUUACUGAAUCACAGAAGCCAGGGUCCAAUAUUAACAUCUGCCAAUGGUGGAUGAAUUCGGAAAAAUUAACUAGCCAGACAUUUUUACCACUCGUUCAACUAUAUUUUACAUUUGCGUUAAACAAUUUUCCAUGUGAGUGACACAUCAUUGGCAGUGAAACUGCACAGAUACAUUGUUUUAUAUUCAUAUUCUUAUUUUUGUGAGGAAUGGAGAGCUGGAGAGUUCAUUUUAACCCAAUGCUGCAAAAACGACUCAUUCUGCUCUUUCUUUCUGAUGUGAACAUCAAUGUAUGAACAUGUUUAAUAAUGCCUAUUCAGUGUUUGAAAACUUGGGCCACCCAGUUAUGAUGUCAAACAGUCUGAUCACCAGCAGAAAUUAUGAGGAGAGUAAAAUGUGGUAAAGUGUGUGAAAGCUUGCGCUGUCGUGCUGCAGAGCCUUCAACAUUAGAAACGAGCAGGUCAUGUUUUUCAACAAAAUCCCUGAUCAUUUCAGACUGAUCUGAACAAUCUGAGCGACACAUUUCUGUGCAGAUUGAUUUAUGAAUCUAUAGAUCUGAUGCAUCUUCACAAAGAGGCUGUUAUUGAAGGAUGGAGCAGAUAAAAACUAGACUGAACCCACAGCAGACACAUUCAUUUUACUCAUUUCACGUGAAGAGACAUUUACAUAGAAGACAAAAGUGUAACAGCAAAAAACCUUGACUUUCAAUAUAAGUGGACCUUCGGGGGAACAAGAUAAAUGAUGAUAGGCCAAUUUAAUGACAGUGUUUGCACGCAAUCACAUCUUUCAGGGCUGUAAAAUCUGUAUAACGCCACAUUCUCCUGCCGCUGUAAAGCGUCUCUCGUUCAUCAUCUCUUUCUGAAACACUACAGCAGUAUUCAGGGACGCAGGAUUCUGCUCACUCACAGCAAUUAUGCAACCGACAUGCAGCAGCAAUUGCGACUGUAGCUUCUAUUUAUUUCAUUAAUAAUGUGACAAACUCUCAGUACUGUGAAUACAAAUGGAGGUUAUUGUUGCCCAGAAUGUGUUACCAGACACAACAACUGUUGGGUGAAAAAUGGGUUUGUUAAAGACAUUUCAGAUCAAUCUAAUUCCCCCAGCAAAACACAUGUACAGGAUAAGAAUAAUGUAAAUAUGAUUGUUGGUUUUAAAUUAUUAGACUAGCAUGAUGUUGCUCUGUUCUUUUUGGUGUCACUAAUCAAAAACCAGUCCUUUAUAAAGAAAUUAUUCCAAAA